AUGUAUCUAAUUUUAACAAUCGCGUGCGUGUUCGUUACAUACUUCCUAUUUUUUCGGAAAAACUACUUCGCAAAACUUGGUAUUCCCUACAAGACCCCUUUACCCGUGCUAGGAAACAUGUGGAAAGUCAUAUUCCGAAGAUCAACCGGUGUGGAUGUCAUCACCGAAAUAUACAAUUGCAACUCGGAAGCUAAAUACGUCGGGAUCUUCGAGUUCUCAGUCCCUGUGUUGAUGAUCAAAGACCUGGAGCUGAUAAAAGAUAUCACGGUGAAGCACUUUGACCACUUUGUUGAUCACCGUGCCUUUAUGGAUCGAUCGUUCCACCCUUGA